AUGCGGAUGCUAUUUAGACCAGCUGGAAUUGUCAUUCACGCCGGUACAAAACCUUCACUUGUUUCCGCUCUUUGCAAGCAUCUAUCAUCUUUGUCUGAUAAUGGCGAAAAUCGUGAGAAUCUGAAAACAUUUGAGGGUAACAGACAAGUUAUUAAUGAGAUUUGCAAUGUUUUGGAGAGUGGUCCAUGGGGACCUUCAGCUGAGAAUUCUCUGUCAGCUUUAAACCUACACCCACAACCAGAAUUAGUCAUUGGUGUGUUACGGAGGCUGAAAGAUGUUAAUAGAGCAAUUGAUUAUUUCCGUUGGUAUGAGAGAAGAACCGAGCUGGCUCAUUGUCCAGAAUCAUACAACUCGUUGCUUUUGGUGAUGGCUCGUUGCAGAAAUUUCGAUGCUUUGGAACAGAUUCUUGGAGAAAUGAGUGUUGCAGGAUUUGGCCCUUCUGUUAACACUUGUAUUGAGAUGGUUCAAAGCUGCGUUAAGGCGAAUAAGCUCAGGGAAGGUUUUGAUGUCGUGCAGAUGAUGAGGAAGUUCAAGUUCCGACCUGCUUUUUCGGCUUACACAACUCUUAUCGGUGCUUUCUCAGCGGUUAAUCAUUCUGAUAUGAUGUUGAAUCUCUUUCAGCAAAUGCAGGAGUUAGGAUAUGAGCCGACCGUUCAUCUGUUUACGACAUUGAUUCGGGGAUUUGCCAAAGAAGGUCGAGUUGAUUCUGCUUUAUCUUUGCUUGAUGAGAUGAAGAGCAGCUCUCUUGAUGCCGACAUUGUUCUUUAUAAUGUAUGUAUAGAUUGCUUCGGUAAAGUAGGCAAAGUUGAUAUGGCAUGGAAAUUUUUUCAUGAGAUUGAAGCGAACGGUUUGAAGCCUGAUGAAGUCACUUAUACUAGCAUGAUAGGAGUUCUGUGCAAGGCAAACAGAUUGGAUGAAGCUGUAGAGAUGUUUGAGCAUUUAGAAAAUAAUAGACGGGUCCCUUGCACUUAUGCUUACAACACGAUGAUUAUGGGUUAUGGUUCAGCUGGAAAAUUUGAAGAAGCAUACAGUCUCCUAGAGAGACAAAGGGCAAAGGGAUCUAUACCGAGUGUGAUCGCAUAUAAUUGCAUUCUUACAUCCUUAAGGAGAAUGGGAAAAGUGGACGAAGCUUUGAGACUAUUUGAGGAGAUGAAAAAAGAUGCUGCUCCAAAUCUUUCAACGUAUAAUAUUCUCAUUGACAUGCUGUGUCGAGCUGGUAAACUUGACUGUGCUUUUGAGCUACGUGAUUCUAUGCAGAAGGCUGGCCUGUUUCCUAAUGUUAGGACGGUAAACAUUAUGGUUGAUCGGCUCUGUAAAGCCCAAAAACUUGAUGAAGCUUGUGCUAUAUUUGAGGAGAUGGAUUACAAGGUUUGUACCCCAGAUGAGAUUACAUUUUGCUCCCUCAUAGAUGGUUUAGGAAAGGUUGGAAGAGUUGAUGACGCUUAUAAAAUUUACGAGAUGAUGUUGGAUUCUGAUUGUCGCACUAACUCUGUAGUUUACACAUGCCUCAUAAGGAACUUCUUCAACCACGGUAGAAAAGAAGAUGGGCACAAGAUAUACAAGGAGAUGAUCAAUCAAAAUUGCUCUCCUGAUUUGCAGCUUCUUAAUACGUACAUGGAUUGUAUGUUCAAGGCUGGAGAACCAGAAAAGGGAAGGGGAAUGUUUGAAGAAAUAAAAGCACGCCGGUUUGUCCCAGAUGCUCGAAGCUACUCGAUUUUAAUUCAUGGACUAAUAAAAGCAGGAUUUGCGAAUGAAACUCAUGAGCUGUUUUAUUCCAUGAAAGAGCAAGGCUGUGUCUUGGACACACGUGCCUACAAUAUUGUGAUUGACGGUUUCUGCAAGUGCGGAAAAGUUAACAAAGCUUAUCAGUUGCUGGAGGAAAUGAAGACAAAAGGCUUUGAACCAACUGUUGUUACGUAUGGUUCGGUCAUUGACGGGCUUGCGAAAAUAGAUCGGCUUGAUGAAGCUUAUAUGCUCUUUGAGGAAGCAAAAUCAAAGAGAAUAGAGCUAAACGUGGUAAUUUACAGUAGUCUUAUUGACGGGUUUGGGAAAGUGGGCAGGAUUGAUGAAGCUUACCUUAUCUUGGAAGAGCUUAUGCAGAAAGGAUUAACACCUAAUGUUUAUACAUGGAACUCAUUGCUUGAUGCGUUGGUGAAAGCGGAGGAAAUCAAUGAAGCCCUCGUCUGUUUCCAGUCGAUGAAAGAAUUGAAAUGCACGCCAAACCAAGUUACUUACGGUAUCCUAAUAAAUGGUCUUUGUAAGGUCAGGAAAUUCAACAAGGCCUUUGUCUUUUGGCAAGAGAUGCAGAAACAGGGGAUGAAACCCAGCACUAUUUCCUACACUACCAUGAUUUCAGGACUUGCAAAGGCUGGGAAUAUUGCAGAGGCCGGUUCGCUGUUUGAUCGGUUUAAGGCAAACGGUGGUGUUCCAGACUCUGCUUGUUAUAAUGCUAUGAUCGAAGGUCUAAGUAACGGAAACAGGGCAGUGGAUGCUUUUUCCCUUUUUGAGGAAACACGUCGAAAAGGAUUAAAUAUCCAUACCAAAACCUGUGUUGUUCUUUUGGAUACUUUGCAUAAGAAUGAUUGCCUUGAGCAAGCAGCUAUUGUUGGAGCUGUUUUGAGGGAAACGGGAAAAGCACGGCACGCUGCACGAUCUUGGUAG